AUGGCCGCCAUGUCGACCGGCGGUGGGAUGCCCACGUCUGAGCCGCCCAAGCCAACGUCGGAUCCGGGGUCGAAGCAGACAACUCCCAAUCCUCCACCAACCUCCAGCGAGCCGCCCAAGCCCAGCGACCCGACGAGCGCACCACCGCCUCCGCCGCCGCCGCCAACGAGCGAGCCGCCCAAACCGCCGACGACAGAGCCUUCUCAACCGCCUCCGCCGCCUCCGCCAACGUCGUCGCCCACUUCACCCAAUCCCCAGCCCACAGACAGCCCAACUCCUCCACCGCCAGCACCCACAGCCACUGAGCCGACUCCCACCAGCCCGGAUCCGCCUCCGACGACGACGACUCCUCCAGGCCAGCGCAAGGCCCGCAAGCUGGCGGAGGAAGAGCGCAAGCAGGAGAUCGAGGAGUACCGCUUCAACCCGAACAACGAUCCCACGCUGCCUGCGGUGGGCAUGUACGACACGGACGUGGCCAUGAAGGACACCUCUGCCGCGUCUGGCGCCGUUGCAGCGAGCGGAGGGUACCGCGGCUGGGGCACGACGAGCAACUCCCGCCAUGCGCCCACCAACACGGCCUCCAGCGGCGGUGCGGACAGCAGCGCCUUGUACGCGCGCGAGGUCUCGCCCGUGGAGGAAACCUUCCAGCUGGCCGACGACGAGCAGCGCCAGGGACUGGGCCGCGUGCACGAACCCACCGGCGGCAUCCCCAAGGCCCUCCACAUCGGCCAGCCCCCGCUCCAGCAGCCGCAGCAGCAGCAGCCACUGCAACCCCAGAACCAGAUGAGUCCGAACCAGAUGAGUCCGAACCAGAACACGAGCAACAUCCACCGUGGCCUGUCGAAUGCAUCUUCGGCGUACUCUGCCGGCGCCCAGUCAGACAUGUCCGACGACAUGAUGCCUCCCGGCGCCCCCUCGGGGGCGCAGUACUAUGAGGAGAGCGCCUACUACCCGGACGGCGGCCAGGGCUACUCCCACGGCCACGGCCACGACCAGGCCGGCCUUGGACCCCAGCCGGUCAUCCGCGACGUCUCCGCCCGGCGGAACACCCGCAUCGAGAGCCCCAGCGUCUUUCCGCAGCAGGGGAAUGCCGGCAUAGCCCAGAACUUCUAG